GUCCAUCUACAUAUUACUGUCUAAUGUACAAUCUCGUUGCUCUUCUUUGAACAUGUACAGUACAUAGAACUUAUACGUUAUCUUACUUAAGGGGUCAAAUCUUAUGUAUACAAGUUGAAUUAUAAAAUUGGGCCCAUGUAACAUAUGUCCUCAUAUGUUAAAUUCAUGUCGUCAUCCUUAGGAAACUUGUACAUUAGUUUCUGGCAUUUCCCUCUCCAUAUAUGAGUCAUUUCUAAGUUUCUCAUUGACAUUCUUAUAUACCCAGUCAUGGCAGAUGAAAGUGAGAUAAUGAAGCUCGACCUCUUGCCGGAAGAUUGUAUCGUUCAACUUCUCUCCUUCACAUCUCCUUAUGAUGUUUGUCACGCGUCGUUGGUCUCGACUAUGGUUCGUGAUGCAGCCAUAUCAGACUUGUUGUGGGAGAAAUUCUUGCCAUCUGAUUAUCGACAAAUCAUCUCAAGAUUAGUGUUACCAAUUAAUUUUGCAUCAAAGAAAGAGUUGUUUCUCAAGCUCUUUAGCCCUCUUCUCAUCGAUGGUGGUCGCAAGACCUUUUCAAUUGAUAGAAUAUCAAGUAAAAAGUGUUAUAUGUUGAGUGCAAGGGAGCUAUCAAUUGCUUGGUCCACCAAUCCCCUCUACUGGUGCUGGAAACCCCUUCUUCACUCAAGAUUUCCAGAAGGUGUGGAGCUUAUAAUGGUAUGUUGGCUAGAAAUUAAAGGAAAGAUAAAUACUCGAAUGUUGUCUCCGCGUACAACAUAUGGAGCUUACCUCAUUGUCAACCUGGCUGGUCGUGCUUUCGGCUUAGACUCCUUACCAUCUGAGAUAUCUGUCAAAGUAGGAGGAGACCAUGAAUCCAAAGGAAUUGUUUUAAUACGUCGUAACUAUACUAACAGUAGAAAACAAGAAUUGGAAAGGGUUCUAAUGAGACACAGGGCUGAGACAUUGAGAUCAAGAGUUGAUAAUAGAGGAGGGACAGAGCGUGCUUUAUGUGACAGAGGAGAUGGAUGGUUGGAGAUUGAAUUGGGUGAAUUUUAUAGUGAUGGAGUCAAUGAUAAAGAAGUAACAAUGUGCCUUAGAGAGGUCAAAGGUGAGCACCUCAAAGGAGGGCUUAUUGUUGAAGGCAGAAGGCUAAAAAGCCUUAUACGAAAAAGAGAAACAAAAUGCUACGAAACAGAGCAGAGGCCGCCUUGCUGCUCAAUAAUCACGCAGGCAACGGGAAGUUUUAGGUUUCUUUACAAAUCACUAAUUCUUGAGCUCAGGUAUAUAAAAUUCCCUAUUGUCAGAGCAGAGGCCGCCUUGUUGCUUAAUAUACACGCAGGCAACGGGAAGUUCUAGGUUUCUUUAUAAAUCAAUAAUUCUUGAACUCAUGUAUAUAAAAUUACCUAUUGUUAACUGUCCUACAGUAGUAGCAGGUAAGAAUUGAAUAGCUAAUUCCCUUUUAUUUCUGUAUCAACAGUAAGUUCCAUGUUUAGGUGAGAAACUUUAAAAUUAAUUAAAAUGCACUGAUUAUUGUAAAAUCGAUUGUUUGACGGGUAUAAAUUGGACUGGGCCCUACG